AGCUCUAUCGCGAUGAUCCUACCACUGUCAUGCCUCUCCUCACCCAGUUUGCUCAGAAUUGUAGGGAGGAUCUUAAGCGAUCUUCAGCGAAAGCAGCAUCAAACAAUUGCUGCUCUGUUUUAUGAGCCUGUUGAUGCUGUAAAGCUUGAUAUUCCGACAUAUUAUAAAGUCAUCAAGAAGCCCAUGGACAUGUCUACCACAUUGCCUCUCCUCACCCAGUUUGCUCAGAAAAUUGCCGAUACAAAGAUUUAUGUGCACUCACCUCAUGACGGAGAGCACCGCCAGAGGCAACAUUUUUUAUUGAUAUAUAUGGCUUUCACUUCCGCCUCCCAACGCUCCACAAUGAGUCUUCGCAGGGCCAGGAGUUUGACGAAAUGGCGGGAGUGGGACCAUGGGCUGAGUGGGCUCUGGCAUAUGGAGCUCAACGUUAGGUGUUUCAACCUUUGGCCUGCACUGAGUUGUGGAUGGCGAUACAGGACUGUAAUAUUCGUUAGAGCAUGGCAAGUGUUUGAAGUUUGGAUUGUCCAACAACCAUGGCUCUUCGCAAGGCCACCUCUAAGCGAACAAAAUCAGGUGCUCCAGUUUCGCUACUGGAAAUGGAACCACUUGCGCGCACCACGAGUGGUCGUCAACGACGACCAACUGAAAAAGCAAGCUACCAAGGUUGUCCACCAUCAAGCAAGAAAGCAAGAUAAGUUAGAAACACGGCAAAAAAAGGUGCUGAAGACGGCCUAUCAAAAUGAUCCCGACCGUUUCAAAAAAGAGCCGUCAGUACUGCUUAGCGACAUCGACAAGGAGGAGGACACCAUGUUCUCAGAUCACAGUGUGCAGACGAAGCUGUCGAAACCCAAGCUUCUGACUUUCAGUACGGGGAAGAUUCCCAAAGCGUCACGCACCACCACUCCCACAACCAGUGCGCACAAGUCGACAAAGGGUCCAAAAGCUAAAAGAGUAGUUCCACCAAGUGAUAGGGACUUGGACGGCACUUCGGAUGGCACUUCUACUACCUCGGAUGGUACCAGUGAUGAGUCUGGUAAUGACUCUGAACCCGAGGCUGACCAGACCGACGAUUGUGCAGAGGAUGGCGACACUGCCAUGGAAUUAUCAAUGGCUGCUCGGGGACAAAACGACGUCUUGAUACCACGCCAGAAGACACUAUGA